CGGCGGCGGUUUAAUUUCCUAGUUGCUCAAGAUGGCGGCGGCCGCCUUUUCAAGGCGCUGCUGCAGCCGCUGGAGAAAAGAGAAGAUAACUCCGCUGCUGGUGAUGCUGUGGGGAACUGCCGGCCUGGCGUCCCUCCUUACGGUUGCGGCUUCCCUGAAGCCGGAGCCGGAGGCGGUGGGGAGCCACGUGGUGGAGCUGAGCGGGUCCAACUGGAGCCUCCUGCUGCAGGGCCAGUGGAUGGUGGAAUUCUAUGCUCCUUGGUGUCCUGUCUGUCAGCAAAUGGAAUUGGCAUGGGAAGCUUUUGCAAGAAAUAGUAAAGAACUCGAACUCAGUGUGGGCAAAGUUGAUGUCACUCAAGAACCGGGUGUAAGUGGCCGUUUCUUAGUCACUACUCUUCCCACUAUUUACCAUGCAAAGGAUGGAGUUUUUCGCAGAUAUCGUGGCUCGAAGACAUUGGAGGAUCUAGAGAGUUAUAUCCUGGAGAGGAAAUGGGAAAGUAUAGAACCUGUGGCAGGAUGGAAGUCUCCCUCAUCUCUAAUGAUGUAUGGAAUGGCAGGACUCUUCCAUUUAUCUGGAUGGAUCAGACAAAUCCACAACUAUUUUACUGGCACUCUUGGGAUUCAUAUUUGGGUUUCUUAUGCCAUCUUCAUAUUAGCCACCCUUCUGAUUGGUCUUAUCUUGGCUUUGAUAUUUGUUUUGCUUAUAGACUGCAUGUGUCCAGCUAAGUCCAAAGAAGAAAGUUUUGAUUCCGUAGAUCCUGAUGAGAAUAAGAUAGAAGAUGAACAACAAACUUUGGAGCUUUCAGCAGGGGACGAAAUUCCAGAAAAGGGUUUGUCUGUUGGAGAAAACGAAGAAGAGGGAGAAGAUGAGUCUCAGCCCAAUUCCUCAGAUGACUCAGCAGUUGAAGGAUGUGAGGGAGAAAAUGAUUUAGAGCUUUUCGAAUCUGACAAGUUAGAGGAGACCUCCUUAAGACAACGUAAAAAUCAGAUGGAGUCUGAACUAUAGUGAAAGUAAUUGAGCGUAUACUUUUAAGUGGACCAAAGAAGAUUGGGACCUUCGUUUUGCAGCUGAAGCCAAAUAUUUGACUUAUAAGCUGUUGCAGCUAAAUAUAGGCUGACUGCCAGAAAGCAUCUGUUUUUAUUUUUAAGGUUAAUAUUUUGAAUGUAAAAUAUGGCUAAUGUUGAAAUCAGAGACAUGACAAUCAAGCAACCACAUUGAGUUCAGGGAUAGGUAAGAGCUUUUAUUGCAUCAGCCAUACCAUAAACUGUACGAAGUGGUCAUUCUGUACAACUGCAAAUUGUCUGUGUUGCAGAAUUAUGUAUAAAACAAGAAAAGUUUUUUUGGGGGCUUGCUGGUACAAGUUAAUUCCAAAAUGUACAGUUGAAGACAAAAAUCUAGAGGAUCGAAGGCAUCUUAAGACAGUAAUAAGGUUUUACUGUUUGAUAUGCUUGAAUAGAUAACUGUUUAUAACUCUCCAAGGUCUUUGGCUCCAGUUACCUAAGGCACUUCCUACAGGCUUCAGAGCUGUGAUGUGUAUUUCAGGGGAGAUCAUAGUAUAACAAGAACUAUGUUUACAAUAUAGUUUACAAGCUGCAAAGGUUUUACUUUCAGCUUUCUUGAAAGCCAGGAAGAGAUUUUUAAAUAUGGACGUGGCUUUCUUACAACAAUCAGUUUCAUAUCCAUUGUCCCAAUAUUAUAAUCUGUCAAGUCAAUAUCUCAGUAUCUGAUUUGUUGGCCAUAUUUAGAUUCCUUUGGAUUCAUUCAAGACUGCUUUGAUAUAACAUUGAUUCUUUUAUGUAUUCCAAUUCAACCCACAAUGCAGGAGAAGCCUGAAAAAAUAUCAUUGCAAAUUUCUUAAUGCAAACAGAAUGUCUGGAUGCAUAAAUUGAUUUUUAGUUUGUCCUCAAUAAUCAGAGUAUUUAUUCUGUCCCAUAGUUGUCAAAGUUCUGUAUAGUGUAGAUCUAUGAAGAAAUCAUGUAAGUAUCAGUAUUCCCUUGUAAGGUUAUGCAAGUGUUGAAUGUGUUAUGAUGAAUUAAGUUUAUCAAAGAAGCAACUCAGAACAGUAUUAUUUCCCUUUGUAUUUAGAGACAAUUAUUUUCAGUGGUAUCCAGCGAAUUAAAAUAAAUGUCAGGAUCAUUGUUAAACAUGUUAUUCAACUUUCAGGUUCAGAGAUUUUUUAAGCCUAAGAAAUGAUAGGCUCAGACUAAAGUAGUAAAAAUAAAGCACUAUAUUUGUUUUAUGUGCAUGCUGUCAUAAAAUUUGUCAGUUGCAUUCUCUGUUGAUUAGAACUAUUUUCAAAUUUUUGUUAACCUUUUGUUGCACUAAAAUGAGUCUUCAUAUCUAUACAAUUUGCUUAGUAAAAGACCUUUCUAAAGAAGUUUUAGUAAAACUAUCCAUUGCACUUUGUUAAUAUUACAGAAUAUAGAGCAAAUAGAUUCAAGUGCUGGGGGUGAGGGAAGCAUUUAAUGGCAAAUAAAUGUUUAAAUGUACACACUUAACCUGCUGUAACAAUACUUAUGUUAAGAUUCUCAAACAUGUAUUUUUUAAAAAAUAACACAGUUAAAGAAACUAAUAGUUCAGCAUCUGCAUUUACUAGCAUUUUUUUUUAUUGCUGUUAAAAGCACGAAAAAGAUAACUUAUUUGAUUUGAUUCUUAAACCUCUGAACCUUAGUAAUAUGACCAAGCAUGUUUUUUUGAUAACGUAAAAGAUUCAGGUUGAGUAUUGGUUUGAGAAGCUGGUCCAUGAUGGUUGUAUCAUGUCCAUGUGUCCAUGGAGCUAAAUCCACAGUUUACUUUUAUGUAAAAAGAAUUCAGAGUUAAAUGCUCUGGGCUCAGUAUGACAGUACUUGGUAUAUUUUUCACAGUCUUCCUUAUUUGUCUUCCAAUUUUUUACAAGGUAAAGUAUUAGAACUUAGUUCAUAAGAUUUCAGUUCAGUUCAUUCUUGGUUAGAGAGUUGAUGGCUUGAUGUCUACGUGGAUAUAUAAACCACUGCUUUAAGCUGGUUUAUAAUAAAGAUGACUGCAAAACAUUCCAAAGGAAUUAUUAAAUUUGGGGUUUUUUUUUUUAACACAGAAAAAAAAUUGAAAUUAUUUUGAAACAGUGAUCACUAUGACCUCUAUUUAUAAGUUUGAAUGUAUAGGUGCUUUUAAAAGCAGCAAAUGGAGUAAACUAAUUCAUUUGAAGAUUCUUAAGAGUUAAUAUUUGGCAAGUAAACUUCUUUGGCCAGACAUCGCUAUUUUGCAUCUAAUUUUAAAAAGCAAUAUUACCAUUUGUGUUUCUAAUUGUUACUUUAAAUGAACACUUGCUCAGUUUUUAGUUUAGUUUGACAUGAUUUCUAUGUAAAACAUUUAUAUUAAAAUGCUGUUUCUUUAUUAACUAUAAACUUUAUUAUAUAUCUCUGUGUUCA